GAUGCUGCCGCCCGCUCCGCCUCGAGCUCCAGCUCCGGUUUUUCCCUCCACCAUCCUCUCCCCAUCCCCGCCUCUCCUUUAACUCCCCCCUCCUGGGCUCGGGACUGGUUUCCUCCCUUAGCCCGCUGCCCUCAAUCCUGGCGAGGCUGGGGCUCCGGCUCGGCGCCCCAUUCCUUGCUCCCUGGUCCGGCGCCCCAUGCCGCCCCCGCCCGGCCCCCGGCUCCCCCAGUCCCCCACUUAGGCGGGCUCACAGAUCCCGGGGUGCUGGCGCGUGGGCUGGGGGCGCGUAGGGCGCCUGCAGACGGCCCCUGGAAGGGCUCUGGUGGGGCUGAGCGCUCUGCCGCGGGGGCGCGGGCACAGCAGGAAGCAGGUCCGCGUGGGCGCUGGGGGCAUCAGCUACUGGGGUGGUCCGGGCUGAAGAGCCAGGCAGCCAAGGCAGCCACCCCGGGGGGUGAGCGACUUUGGGGGAGUUGGUGCCCCGCCCCCCAGGCCUUGGCGGGGUCAUGGGGCCCCCCCAUUUUGGGCCGGGGGGCGUGCGAGUCGGGGCCCUGCUGCUGCUGGGGGUUUGGGGGCUGGUGUCUGGGCUCAGCCUGGAGCCUGUCUACUGGAACUCGGCGAAUAAGAGGUUCCAGGCAGAGGGUGGUUAUGUGCUGUACCCUCAGAUCGGGGACCGGCUAGACCUGCUCUGCCCCCGGGCCCGGCCUCCUGGCCCUCACUCCUCUCCUAAUUAUGAGUUCUACAAGCUGUACCUGGUAGGGGGUGCCCAGGGCCGGCGCUGUGAGGCACCCCCUGCCCCAAACCUCCUCCUUACUUGUGAUCGCCCAGACCUGGAUCUCCGCUUCACCAUCAAGUUCCAGGAGUAUAGCCCUAACCUCUGGGGCCACGAGUUCCGCUCGCACCAUGAUUACUACAUCAUUGCCACAUCGGAUGGGACCCGAGAGGGCCUGGAGAGCCUGCAGGGAGGUGUGUGCCUAACCAGAGGCAUGAAGGUGCUUCUCCGAGUGGGACAAAGUCCCCGAGGAGGGGCUGCCCCCCGAAAACCUGUGUCUGAAAUGCCCAUGGAAAGAGACCGAGGGGCAGCCCACAGCCUGGAGCCUGGGAAGGAGAACAUGCCAGGUGACCCCACCAGCAAUGCAACCUCCCGGGGUGCUGAAGGCCCUCUGCCCCCUCCCAGCAUGCCCGCAGUGGCUGGGGCAGCAGGGGGGCUGGCGCUGCUCUUGCUGGGCGUGGCAGGUGCUGGGGGUGCCAUGUGUUGGCGGAGACGGCGGGCCAAGCCUUCGGAGAGUCGCCACCCUGGUCCUGGCUCCUUCGGGAGGGGAGGGUCUCUGGGCCUGGGGGGUGGAGGUGGGAUGGGACCUCGGGAGGCUGAGCCUGGGGAGCUAGGGAUAGCUUUGCGGGGCAGUGGGGCUGCAGAUCCCCCCUUCUGUCCCCACUAUGAGAAGGUGAGUGGUGACUAUGGGCAUCCUGUGUAUAUCGUGCAGGAUGGGCCCCCUCAGAGCCCUCCAAACAUCUACUAUAAGGUAUGAGGGCUUCUGUCAUGUGACUCUCCUGAAUCCAGCCCUUCUUGGGGUGCUCCUCCAGUUUAAUUCCUGGUUUGAGGGACACCUCUAACAUCUCCUCGGCCCCCUGUGCUCCCCCAGCCCCUUCACUCCUCCUGGCUGCUGUCCUCGUCUCCACUUUUAGGAUUCCUUAGGAUUCCCACUGCCCCACCUCCUGCCCUCCCAUUUGGCCGUGGGUGUCCCCCUCUGUCUCAGUGUCCCUGGAUCCUAUUUCCUUAGGGAGGAGCACAGGCUCAGCCUCCUCUCUGACCAUGACCCAGGCAUCCUUGUCCCCCUCACCCACCCAGAGCUAGGGGCGGGAACAGCCCACCUUUUGGUUGGCACCGCCUUCUUUCUGCCUCUCACAGUUUUCUCUUCUCUCUAUCUCUUAUUCUUUCCCUCCCUUCUCUAGGUCUGUUCUUCUUCCCUAGCAUCCUCCCCCCAACAUCUCCUUUCACCCUCUUGGCUUCUUAUCCUGUGCCUCUCCCAUCUCCUGGGUGGGGGCAUCAAAGCAUUUCUCCCCUUAGCUUUCAGCUCCCCUUCUGACCUCUCAAACCAACCACUCCCCUCAGUCUGCCAAAAAUGGGGGCCUUAUGGGGAAGGCUCUGGCACUCCACCCCAGCUCAGGCCAUGGGCAGCAGGGCUCCCUUCUCUGUCCUGGCCCAGGCCUCUACAUACUUACUCCAGCCAUUUGGGGCGGUUGGGUCAUGACAGCUACCAUGAGAAGAAGUGUCCUGUUUUGUCCAGUGGCCAAUAGCAAGAUAUGAACCGGUCAGGACAUAUAUGGACUUGGUCUGAUGCUGAAUGGGCCACUUGGGACCGGAAGUGACUUGCUCCAGACAAGAGGUGACCAGGCCUGGACAGAAAUGGCCUGGGAAGUAGCAGAAG